AUGCGACUGUUAUCUACAAAGUCUUUGCAGCUAGAGCAGUUCAACGAUGAAGAGCGGCUACCGCCUUACGCUAUCCUCUCGCAUACAUGGGGAGAAGAGGAGGUCACCUUGGACGAUCUCCUGCGCGAACAUGUCCAGACCAUGAUAGGAUAUCGGAAAAUCGAACAAACAUGCAGAAUCGCGGCACAAGACGGAUUCGGAUAUGUAUGGAUCGACACGUGCUGCAUCGACAAGAGCAGCAGUGCAGAAUUAUCAGAGGCCAUAAAUUCCAUGUUCAGAUGGUACGCGCUGUCCCAAAAAUGUUAUGCCUACCUUGAAGACCUCGUAUGGCAUGAAGGGCAGUCUAGCGGCGUCGGUUCCCAUCAAUAUGGGAAUGCGCAUUCACUUCAACGCAGCCGCUGGUUCACAAGAGGAUGGACACUCCAGGAGCUCAUAGCGCCCUCCGAGGUCUACUUUUACGACAAGUACUGGACUUUGACCGGGACACGGACUGCCUUGGCCGAUAUUCUCGCGAAGAUAACUUCCGUCGACCUCGAAGUGUUAGUGAACCUUGACCUCUAUAUCUCAAGGACGCAACAUCUAAAAGUGUUUCUCCGGGAACGGUCCGUGGCGCAACGCAUGUCGUGGGCUUCGAAGCGUAAAACAACCCGACCAGAGGACCUGGCCUACUGUCUGUUGGGUAUAUUUGACAUUCACAUGCCUCUUCUCUAUGGGGAAGGAAUCGAAAAGGCAUUUAGGCGUCUGCAGAUGGAGAUACUGCGGUAUUCGACUGACCAGUCUAUCCUCGCAUGGAAAUUG